AUGGAGAAGGAGGAACAAGCGGCUAGAAGGCCGCAUCUUGUCCACAGCCAUGCUCACGAGGGCGAGAUUCCCGGCACCGUUGAUCUCAGCGCCGCCGAGGGCGAUGACACAGCCUAUGGACAAGCCUUAUAUCCCGUUCCAGCCGAAGACCCUAACGACCCGCUCCAGUGGCCAACCUGGAAGAAGAAUGUCAUUUUAGUUAUCGUUGCCGUCUACUCUUUUCUCGGCAAUAGCUCCCUCACGGGCCCAUCCGUCUAUAUUGGGCUGUAUAGCAAAGAAUUCGGAAUAUCGGCAGCGGAAGCCUCUGGAUUAAUAUCAUAUCCCAAUCUUGCAUUUGGGUUUGGAUCGUUAAUUCUGGUGCCUCUGUACCUUAAGAUCGGUCGGCGCCCGGUGGCGUUGCUGUCUAUGCUUAUGUUUUUGGCUGGAUUAAUUGGCGCUUCUCGAUCAACGAGCUACACGGGUCUGAUGAUUGCUCGAGUAUUUCAUGGAUUUGGCAGUGGAGUCUGUGAGAGCUUACCUGUGCAACUGGUGAACGACAUCUUCUUUCUUCACGAGCGAGGGAAGAAAAUUGGUUAUUACACUAUAUGUCUCUGUCUCGGAUCGACUGGGCCUCUCUAUGCCGGCUAUAUGCUUGCGGCAGGUUACUCAUGGCGACUGUUCUUCUACGUGGAGGCAGCCUUUGCAGGCACCCUCUUCAUCAUGGCGUUUCUAUUUGUUGAAGAAUCGACAUAUUGCCGUCGGGAACGAUUGCCAGUUUCAGAUUCAUCAGCUGAUUCAGGCGAAAAAUCACAAAACCACAUUCAAUUGGAGAACGUGACGUCUCCACCUCUGCCUCUGCGCAAGAGCUUCUGGGUGACUCUCAAACCAUGGAGUGCGAUUGAUCCGGAGCCCGAAUUCUUCAUGACGAUGUUGCGCUCUUUUACCUACUUCUUAGUACCAGCUGUGUUUUGGGUAAUUACAAGCUACGGCCUUUAUAUUGGUCUUGGAGCUCUGGCAUUCAACUACACCUUCCCUCUGAAGAUAACAGAGCCACCGUACAACUGGAGUGAGACAAACUCUGGUUUAAUUGCGGUCGCCAGCUUCAUCGGCUACUUAAUUGCUCUCCCGUUCUCCUCUACCUCUGACCGUCUAGCUGCGUACCGCACAAAACGCAACAACGGUAUCCGUGAGUCCGAAAUGCGUCUUCCGGCACUCUUCCCAGCUCUCCUUCUUGCGCCAGCCGGCCUGGUUGUGUAUGGGCUUACUGCCCAGCGCAACCUACACUGGACCGGCUUCUUCGCUGGGGUGGCUAUGAACCAAUUUGCGUCGUAUUUUUACUUCACAUUUACGCUGGCCUAUGCCGUCGACUCCUACUAUGCAAACACAUCCGAGAUGCUUAUUGCGAUGAACCUGGGAAAGCAGGCAAUUUCGUUUGGCAUGGGCUCCUAUCUGUUAGAUUGGAUAUUGACGCGGGGCUAUGCGACAGUGAUUUCGGGAAUUUUCGGAGGGGUUGUCCUAGCGAAUAACUUGAUGGUCAUUGUGUUUCUACUGUUCGGAAAGAGGAUUAGGAGAUGGACUGCUCGAUCAUGGUUGGGUAAGUUGCAUCAGAGGACAGCGACGAUCGACAUGACGCACUAA